UCUAGUUAAUUAUUUUAUGAGUGUCCCAAGUUAAAAGUUGUUUGUUGUGAUCGGGUGUUUAAGUUGUUCAUUGUUAACCGCUUCAUUCUUCAAGAAACAAUCCAGAAAUAUGGCCUUUGAAUACAACACGGUAUUUAAACGGGGUACCAGAUUAAUAUUGGAGCUAAAAAGUCAAGAAAUCUAUGAAGGUACAUAUGUGGACGGUGGCAAAAAUAGAAUAGUGUUAAAUGAUGUUAUUCAGCACAAUAAUAACAAUAAAUUAGGAGAUUUGUACGAAUUUUAUCGAAAUGAAAUUGCGGAAAUUCGUAUGUUAAAGCUGCCAGCUACGAAGAUCGCCGAACCCCCAAAGAAAAACGAUAACAAAGAAAAAUGCAAGUUAAUAAAAAUAUGCGAAGAGGAUUACUUUCGUCUGAAGGAAACAUGUAGGAGUUAUAUUUUUAUUGAAAACGCCGAUAAAAGGUAUUUUGAAGCUAUGAAAGUGUUAAACGAUGCAGAAACUAUUGGGGUUGUAUCUUUGGGUAUGGAAAAAAAUAGGUAUGGUAGUUUUAUAAGGCUUCUAGUUUUAUGUACCUGGAAACAGGUUUAUAUAAUUGAUUUAAUAAAUGUAGAAAAACGAGAGUUAUAUCCAGAAAUUAAACAGUUAUUUGAAUCGGAAUAUAUUUGUAAAGUUAUACAUAAAAGUUCUGGAAUAGUAGAUAUUCUUUAUAGACAUUAUAAUGUUUAUAUGCAAAAUAUUUUUGACACACAAAUUGUAGACUUAAGUAUCCAGAAAAAACAAUCAGGUUCUUGUCCUCCAGUAGAAAGAAAUUUGUCAGAAUGUUUAAUGCAUUACUUAAAUCUUCCACAAUCAAUAAUUCAGCAUGCUCUUGAAGUUCCAAAUAAAAAAUGGAACGAGCGACCAAUUAAUGACAAACUAAAAUUAUACGGUUCCCAACUUGCUGUUUACCUCAUUGUUUUAAAAGAUUAUUUACAGAAAUUGUUACUUAAAGAUGUAUUUGAACUUACAACUAAAAUUCAAGACUGUGUAUAUAACUCAGACGAUUUCGAAUUUUCAAAUUAUGUGAGCAAAAAUGAAGUUCCAAAAAAGAUUCAAAAAUUAGUUGAGUCUUCAAAUACAUCUAACAGUACAUAGAUUGUACCAUAUGAUUGAAAAAAAGGCGUCCGGUUAGUCUGAAAAUGACGAUCGAUGACAUUCUUUUACAUACAUAUAUAUUGUAUAAUGACAGCAAACUUCAUUUAGCAUAGCCAUCGCUAACGCCGUCUUUUUUUUUCGAUCAUAUUGUAUUUGUAUAUAGAUUGUAUAUUUUUAAUUAAGUCUUUGAAGUAAUAGUUAUUCUAAUUUUAUAGAUGUAAAGAUUAUACUAGAGGCCAAAGUGUAGAAAAAAUAAUUUUUACUAAAGUUUAAAUAUGAGCUUCAAUAUAGGCUUAAGGGGUUUAGGAUAAUAAAAUUGAAAGGAAUAUCAAAUGAAAAACAUUUUCAAGAAUUUCAAAACUAAAGUAGUUAAUAUUAAA